UCGAAUCAGCUGUCAGAAAGGUGGAGGCAAGGGCAGGCAUGCGAAUGUAAACCUAACCACGGCAUAACAACAGUCGGUGGGAUUUAUAUUUAGUAUUGCGAGGGCAGAAAAUGUCUCCCUUCACAAAAACAGCAGCACGAUACAACGUCAUUUCAGGAGAGCGAGGCGCGUAUCAGAACGGAAUCAGUAGCUCGGCAUCUGCUUCUCCGGUGACCGACGGGCUCUAAAGCGAGAAUAUUAAUAUUAAUAUCAGCGCGAAGUGCGCCGCCACCGCCGACAUAUCUGUUUAUCUGCGGGCUCUGCAUUCAGUACCGUGAAGUCGUCUCGCUGUUAGUCUACAGGCACUAACAGACUGCAUUUGUGAAUGAUUCUUUGGGCCUGCUUUGAACGGAUGUUUUUUUUUCUUCGCUAACGUCGCAGUGAACUGCACCAUGGAUAGCGAAGCGCUUUCUCAUCGAGCUCCGCGCGGAGGGUGAAUGGGGAUGAGGAUGUUGUUUACAAAAAGCAGUCAGCCGUCAGCGCACUGAUGCUCGGUCUCCUCUCAUGUCAUUUUUCAUCUAAUCUUUUUUGACACUGUUGGAAAUUACUGUCACCUCCGUCUUUACUCUUUGAAGAGGGCAAUGUCAUCAUCAGCAGACCGGCGUGGAUUUGUUGUUGUCUGAUUUUACUACUUGCCCUCUGCAAUUCGGCUUCUCACCGUUUAUAUAACAGGGACGAGGGAAAGCUUUAAAAUCCCUCCCCCUGCUCCUGAUUGGUCCUCUAUACCAUGAGCUCUGGCUCCGCCCAGGAUGUGGUGGUGGAGAAUUUCCUGCGUGACAUAGAGAGGCGGGGCCAGUGGCUGCACUGCGCUGUUAUUGGCUGUGAGGAGGAGCAUCCUUGUGGCGACAUGAACCUUUUGUACCGCAAAAGUCGACUGGAUUGGAGACACAGAGAUCAGGAGGGCAAGAAAAGCUCCAAUUAUAAAGAUGCCUCCUCUGCGACGGUGGGGAAGGUUCGGGAUCUGGCAUCAUUCCGGCGUCAUUUCCGAAUGGGAUUUAUGACAAUGCCAGCAUCCCAGGACCUUUCACCUCACUCUUGCGCAGCUGCCAUGGCACCACGCUCUCAAUCCUGCCAUGCUGUGGGCACCGGUGAGGGAGAGGAAAUGGAGAAUGGCUUUUAUCCAGACUCAGACCCCCAAGACCAGUCAAAUCCCUCACGCUGUCCUCCAGCCAAACCCAAACGUCACCCCAAUACUCGUCUCAGCUCCACACCCCAGAAAGAGCAUCCUUCCCGGGGGGUUCACGCACCACCAGAUACUCCACCACCUCCACCUCCCAAUCACCCACCCAAACACCCAGAGAAGCGGAAUGCAAUGAAGAAAUCUGAUUCAGGUGAAAUGCCAGGACGGAAGGUUCCUCCCUUGAAGCCCAAACGGAGUCCAAGCACACAUCUCUCCUUUGACCCCCCGUCCUCUCGGGUCCCACACCCGACCACACCUCUUCUCUUCCAGAGCUCCGAACCCCUUCCACGAGGUGAGGGGGGAGAUGACGAGCCAGUUUACAUUGAAAUGGUGGGCCAAGUCUUUACCCGAGAGACUCACAGCGCCCCUACUCCUCACCCGCUCACGCCGUCUGCCACAACACCUGAUUCUGAAUCAGACCAUGGAGAGGCCAUUUAUGAAGAGAUGAAGUACCCCCUACCAGAUGACGUGGCUCGAGAAGCCCACCGCCGCUUGCCACUCAAACACGAGCGCAUCAAGUCUUCUAAAGCGUACCACUCCUCCAUCAUCUCUUCAUCCUCAUCAUCUGCCUCUUCCUCACUCCCUCGCCCCUCAUCCUCCUCUCCAUCCUGUUCCUCCUCCAAGUCUAAAGCAGCUGUCUCCAUCUCUCACUCCUCUCCUCUGCCUUCGUCCUGCUCUUCUGCAUCCUCCACGCCUGUACCUCAAGCCCUCUCCUCCUCACCACACCCUCCCCGUGCUCCCACACCCUUCCUGCUGGCAGGAUCCAAGCCUGAACAUGAGCCCAGCUCCAGUAAGAUCCCGGCACCCUUCCCCAACUUGCUCCAGCACAAGCCUCCGCUCCUGGCAUUUCCCCAGCCGGCUGCUGCCUCCAGUGGGGUAGGGGCUCAACACAAAACCAGCUCGUCUAAGAUCAGUGUGCAGUCGGCCUCCAGUCUGCCAACAUCUAUUAGCACCUCCUCCAACAUGAGCUCCACUAGUACUUCCAAAGAGUCCUCUGGAGUCGAUAAGGAACGAGAGAAGGAGAGGAGGGAAGGACAGCUGGGGCCAGCACCAGGACUCAGAGCCCGCAGUCAUUCCACUCCUCUUCCUCCAUCAUCAAAGUCCUCCUCUCCAUAUUCCCACCACCAUCAUCACCAUCACCCUCACCACAGGCCUUCCCACUAUCACCAUUACCGCAAGCCUGAGAAAGAGACGUCGUCAUCAAGCAAGGGGUCAGGACAGUCCUCCACCCAGACACAAACACAGCCAAAGGAGGGCAAGUCUGUCAGCUUCCUGCUCAAGUCUGAGAAAUCUGAGAGGGAAAGGGACCGAGAGAGGGAUCGUGAACGAGAGCGAGACCUGAGCACACCAUCAUCCAGUCAUUCUGAUACCUCUGCCUCAUACACACACACUUCUCAAACGGGCACGAGCACCACGCCGACCCCGAGUCAACCAUCAUCAUCCACAGCAGCCACUCCACCUUCCACCUCUUCUUCUUCCACUCAGCGGCCUCCGUCUCGCUCUCACAUGCACCGGUCACAAACCCCACACUUGUCUCAUGGUCUUCCUGCUUACAAACCUCCCUCCUCUGACAGCCCCCUGCUCUGGACCUACCCCUCGGUUGGCUUUCGCCGCCCACCUGCCUAUGAUAGCCUGCGCGGGGGUUCACAGUUGCCAUCCUUGCACGCAGACCCCACUAAAACUGGAUCUGCAGCCCAGGCAUUGCAGGCCAAGGCCGGGUUCAUUCCCUGGGAAAGUGCAGCUGCCUUAGGGCUCACCGAAGAACAGGCUUACUGGCCCAUGCACCGCAAAUUAUCAUUCAGCCAUGGGAGCCGAGACACUGAGAAGGAAGAUGGAGGUGCAUGGAAUGGCAGUGCAGAUGCUCUAUUGCGGAAAGAGAGGGAUGAUCUAGGGGCCAUGCGGGGUGGUGGACACUCUGGAAUACCUGUGUGGGCAACAGGGAGACACAGUGAGAGCUUGGCUGGGGCGGACGGACCACCAGGGUUGAGAGGAUUGAUACGAGCAGGACUGCCCUUACCCUGCCAAACAUUCCCAGCAUGCCGCAAUGGAGAGUUGGGUCGCCUUGGUAGGUCUUCCUCCACAUCGGGAGUGAGACAAGUGGGUGGUGAUGUUCAAAGGCAGAGCAGCCUGCCGACAAGAGAAGCAUUCAAUCAGUUCCACGCUCUCUCGCAGGUUCAGGCUCAGGCUCAGUCUCAAGCUCCCUGCAGUCCGUCUCUGAGCCGACAGCAGCAGUACCAGCACCAGCAGCAAGUCCAGCUCCAGUUCCAGCAGCUGGCUCAGCUUGCCGCGCAGGCCCAGGCUCCCCUCAGCACGGGCACGGCCGGCACCUCCACAACCUCGGCCCAGCGUGACGGCAAGCUCCUGGAGGUGAUUGAGAGAAAGCGCUGCCUGUGUAAGGAGAUUAAGGCUCAUCGUCGGCCAGAUAAGAGCUUAUGUAAGCAGGACAGUAUGCCUAUUUUACCCAGCUGGAGGAAAACGCCGGAGCCCCGCAAGACUGGAACACCGCCCUGCCAGAGGCCACAGGCUGUGGUGUGGGACACGGCCAUCUGACCAAGGCAGAGAGAGCAGACAGUGGGUAGGGAGUAAGAAAGACAUGACUGAGAGAGACAGUUAGAGUAACAAGCUAUUCUUCUUUUUUUUUCUCUUUUGCGUGUGAAAAAACUAAAUGGGGAAGUAGGUGGAAAUGAGAGAAGUGGCCUUUGAGUGAAGAGAUUAAAAUAAGACUGGAAAAGACAAAGCGAGGGCAUUUUGCUCAGAGAAUAGCAUGAUUUAGAUUAAAUCUCUCUGUAGAAGCAGGAGAAAAUGUGUUCCACACGAUGUUUAUGUGCCAUACAGAUGCAGAAGAUGAAACACACACAACGAGUCUGAACUCUCUGCGAAUACAACCUGUGCUGCUGAGUUUACAACCUUUUUGAAACACACUGGAAACCUUUUGGAACAACGUGAAAUUUGUACUCUGAAUAUAAACCAUUAGUGAGGAGAACUGACAUUCUUUUUCCUCCAAGGAAUGAAGAAAUGAUCGAAACUUGAUGUGUAAAGAAUGAAGAGACGCUGAAUGAUCAUAGUGGAGCUUUUCUUCAUUUCAUAAACUGUCUAUGUCUUUGGGCUUGUGUGUUUUUACUGACCAGAACUACUCUGUUAUGCUGCUGUUUCCUGGGCACCCACUAGACUGAUGUUUUUUACAUUCCAGAAGAGUGUCAGAAUGUCUGUGUGCGAGUGCGUGCGUGUGUGUGUGUGUGGCGUCAUGGUGAACUUUGUAAGAUGUAUCUUUGCAUUGGAGACGUGUGAGGUUGGAAGCAGAACAGAGAUGACAGGAAAUCCAGACAAUAUGGUGAGGAGUACAGGGGAGCGUGUCAAUAAAACACAAGAUUCGACAUGUAUACACACAAAAACAAAUCGUACACAUUCAGAAACAGGAAACAAUGAUGAAGGGCUGUGUGGUACUGUCUUAGUUUGUAGAGGAGAUUCGUUCGAAGUCUAAUUACUGCCUAUUGAUUGAGUGCCAAUUUGCUGAUUGUCGUGACACGUGUGUCUGCGUAUUUGGGGAGUAGAAGAAAAGCUGUUCAACAAAUGUUAACGUGACUUUUGUAGCAAUAUUUGUUAAAGCAGGAGACUGAUCGUUAACCCGGUCCAAUACAAAAACAUGAUGGAGAAAAAAGACAGAUCUGCAUUGCAUUAUCAUAAGCUCAAAUCAAUUGUGUACAAUUCACUUGAUGAAAAGAUCGGAGAUAGCAAGAUAGGAAAUAGAGUGAGGACCAAUGCACUCGUGUUAACACGAGGUGUCCUUGUGUUCACCUAAAAUCUGUCUGACCACCAUAUUUAAGCACCUGUUUACAUUGAAGCUGUACCUGAGCAAAUCCGGAGCUAACGUCUAACUGUAUUUUUCAGUCUUUUUAGCAGCACAGUCUCAUGUGUGAAUCAAUUGGGGUUGCAAAGGUGUUUAAUAAGAUAUAAUAACAUAUAUAAAAGCUCUUUGUCAGUCUUAUCAUACUACAGCCAGAUUAAGCAGUCCAGUUACCCUUUCCCUUAAAGAAAAAUCAGUUUUGGAGCAAACUUCACCUCUUCCCACUGUCCAGCCCUCAUGUGCAAAUGCAUAUAGAGAAAUGCACACACAAAAGAAAGUGAACCACAUGACAUUGAGAUUAAACGAGAAGAAAAAAAAGUGUUAAAUCUGUAAAAUAAACAUGUACAGCUGUACUGAUUAUGUAGCAAUUAUUUCCACUUUCAUACUUGUAAUCAAUAAAUAUAUUGUAGCAUAUAAUGUAUAAAAGUACAAGGUGUUUAAUUGUUUUAUAAAGAAAUUUAGUAGUUUUAUCUGUGGCUACCUGUCUACACUGUACUGAAUGGACCGCUGAAAGACGAGCAGUCUCUACUAAAGGCACAGUCUCAAACACACACACACACACACACACCAACCAAUGUUUUUUUUCUGGCUUAUGUUAUGCAAGUCCCUUUAAGCAACUGAAGUCUGAUCACAUUCAUUCCCUUACCAACACACUCCACCCGGUUCACUGGAAUAUCACUUGGAUAUUUUUGAAGUACUUCUGCUGCUAUAUUGAAUUUCUAUUAUUGCUUACAUAUCCUCACUGCCGUUGCUUUAUUUAUUUUUUCUUUAUUCUUUUGAGUGCUCUUCGAUUAUUUUUUUUUUUUUUUGGGAACAUGUGAUGGAGUUUUUAGGAGUGGAACCCUCUGUAACUGUUGGCAAUUGAAUGUUUCUCAGUUGUUGUUGUGGUUGUAUUUAAAAGUUGUUGUUAUUUUUCCAAAUAGUUAGCACCACCAACCUGUACAGUUCUCACCCUGGCAACACUGCUGUAAAUAUGAUGGCAACGUUGCAGUGAUGUUUCCAAGGGUUUGACAUCUUGUCACCAUGACACUAGGGUUUCACUGCACCAACCGGGUGGCCAUUUGAAAUACAGUCUUUAUCAAACAGUAUGAGUACCACAGUAGAGGAGGACUGGUGCAAUGCAUGCUGGGAGUUCUUGACAGAUUCCCUUAAUCAUUCAGCUCAAGGUUGGGCUGCGUCCCAGUCUAUAUAAAUUGUGCCCAGUUUGUACUUCAAAUAUACGAAAUAAUCAUCUAGUGGCAAUUUAUUAAAAUGAAAAGGGUAACUUAAGUAUUAUUGGGUAAACUAGUUUACAGAAACUGUCGGCUUUGCGUGUCUACAUAAAUGGUGGCCAUAUUAUGAGUGCCAUAAUAUAUUGGUAUGGUAAGAUACGGUGUACCUUGGAAAUCACUGUAGUGCUAUAUUUGCAUUGAUAUCGUCAUGAAAUAAAUUUUAUAUGAUGAAACAAA